GGGGUUGAAUUACAAGAAUACCAUCCCUAUUACAAUUUACAUGAUCAAUUUUAAAAACCAACACGUCGAGAUGUUCAAGUUCAUUAAACACAAAGUCAUUUCAUACUAUGAGUCUGUUAAUACUGUAGAAAUGGCACAACAGAUGAAGCACUUGAAGUCAACACUAGAGACCACAGAUGACGGCAAUGAAGACAACAUUCAACAAGAUUUAUGCGAAGAACUCAAUGGACAGAUUCGAUUACUGAAUGCGAAUAGAAUUGACGGCCAAUUGUUGGCUACGGUUCCAGAAAAAUGUCCAAACAUUCAAACCAUUGAUUUUCGCGAAAUAUCCAACAGAUAUGAGACAUAUAUUCCCGAAGUGUUGACCACUUUUCGAGAUAAUUGCCGGCAUUUAAGGGAUAUUUACUGCAAUUUAAAGGGAAAUAGUGAACAAUUUUACCGCACUUUUGGACGACUGAUCGCAGGGAACGGAUGUCAGCAGCAAAUAAUUGGAAAUCAAUCACUCAUUCAUUGCCACCGAUUGUCUCAAUUAAGUGUCUACUCGUUGUCCGAUGUCUUCGUCGGCACUUCCGAUCAAUUAUUGGCCGAAAAUUUGCGGAAAAAAUUCUUUUAUUUUAAUUCCAGCGAUAAUAACAUAUUGAAGGCCCGAAUGGACGACAUUAACAUUCAAGCGCUCAUCCAUUGCCACCGAUUAUCUCUAUUAUGGCUUAAAUUCUUGCGCCACGUCUUCGACGGCUAUUACGAGCCCCUAAUGGUUAGGAAUUUACGUGAAUUUAGUUUUGAGUAUCACUCGACCCAAGAUUACCACCGAUUAUCUGCGUUUGUGACACAGAAUCAGUCCCUUAAAUGUCUGACAAUUUGUGUCGAUAUGCCUGAGACUCACAAAACAAUGACCGAAAUGUGCGGAGAAUUAUCACGUUUAACACAAUUACAGGAUUUAAGACUUAUGUUGACACUAAUGAGUGAUCAAAACUUAUUGAAUGAAAUGUUGCGCACAAUUGGCUUAAACUGCAAACAAUUGCAAAGAUUGCAAAUAUGGCUCAUUUGUCCGGAUUUCUCAUUUAAUAACAAUUUAAUGGAUUGUUUGAGUUGUUAUCCGAAAUUAAAACGGUUGGAGUAUUUCACGCCGUUUAAGCAAUUGGUGAUGCCGUUGAGAUUCUGUCAUAAAUUAACACAUUUAUCACUUAAUAUCCAACAAUAUUUGCCACGACUUCAACACCUGUCCAUUGUAUGCGAUUAUUUAAGUGCCGAGAGUUUGUCACACAUAUCAAGACUAUCGGCGCUGCAAACGCUUGAAAUUAAGACAGGCUAUUCUAUCCGAAUGGAAACACAAAUCGAGGCAUUGAUCACAAGCUCUGAGACAAACACACAGUCAUUUUAUACUACUUCGUAUAUAGAGUAUAAUAUAAUGAAACACAAGAGGACAUCACUCGAGUCUAGAGAUGACGGCAAUGAUGACAACAGACAACAGAUACAAAUCUAUGCGAAGAACUCAAUGGACAGAUUCGGUGAUGAUUUGUAUGGACUCAUAUUAUCCCAUCUCUCACUCGGAGAUCGGUUUCGAUGUGAAUGUGUGUCCAAACAGUUCCAGAGGACAAAUCAGUCCCUCCGAUGUCUUAUUGUACAUAACAUUAGCCAUUUGAACGAAAUGUGCGGACAAUUGUCACGAUUAACACAAUUACGGGAAUUAAGUCUCGGAUUUGAUUUUAUGAGUGACGGCAACUCUGUGCACAACUUCUUGCGUACAAUUGGUGUGAAUUGCAAACAAUUGAAACGAUUGUCACUCGUAUUGAACUCCAGGUCUAAGGAUAUGAAUGACAAGUCAUUGGAUUCAUUGCGAUUUUAUUCCCGAUUAAAACGAUUACAUUUAAAACUCUUUGCGGCCAUCGAUCAGAACUCUUUGGAAGCGUUGAAACUCUGCCACCGAUUAACACAUUUCACACUUGAUUUAAAUGAAAUUAAAGAUAAUUUAACGCUUAAAUUUGACGAACAGUGGCCACUACUUCAAUACCUAUGCAUUCAUAGGGAAAAUCACACGAUUGACAUAAACUAUUUGGAUUAUCUCUCAAGACUAACGGCACUGCAAACACUUGUCAUUCACUGCCGUUAUUAUAAUAAUUAUAAUAAUAUUGAUAUCGAAAAUCUGUUCCCCGAAAGACCUAAACUCAAACUCAUUGAAAUCCAUUAUCUCUGUACUACUACCAAACGUUUGGUAAAAUUCUUUUGGAACGCAGUACGACAACGGGUUGGCCACCAAAGGGUCUUCAUAGGGGGUCAACAGCUCAUACUCGGCCACAAUGGCAUCGCAGCGACACUUAAUGAAACCUGCGAAUUCACAGUCGGCGCACACCAACUGCUGACCCCAAUGCAGGCCGGGGGUCAUCCACUCGGCCACUGUUCGGCGCUCGUAGUAAUAGUCCAGACGGUCCCGAUUGGCGCACAAUCGCCACAACCACUGCCGGAAUUGCCGAUCGUUAGCGUUCAACCGGUAGUCCAUGCGCUCAAACAGCCGGAGCUGAUCCAUAAAGCCUUCGUUUGGACGUAUGAUUGGUCGACAGUUGCGAACCAACUCCAAGGCGUCCUGCCGUUUGCGCAUCAAAUACGCGAUCACGACUGCGGCGCUCCGGGAGACGCCCGCCCGGCAGUGCACGAGUACGGAGUGUCCCAACUGUCGGCAGCCGUCGAUUAUAUCAUAUGUGUUGUCAAAAUGAGUCAACAGAUCCUGACGUGCGUUGUCUUCGGCGUCGAUGUGAUGGUAACGGAUUCCGGCGAUGCGUUUGUCGACGUCUAUGGGUUCGUCCAUUACGGUCAACACGUCAGUGAUUUUCCGGGCGAACAGUUUGCAGACGUCGGUCGCCACCAAACGGUUCCCCAGAUG